AUGGCUCUUUGUUACGCCGAAUGGCUAUUGUCUCCAGCCACAGACCGAAACAAGGCCAUUUUGCAGGUCAACUAUCGAAAAGCUAUCUCAGCAUACCCGAUCAAACCACAGACGACUACAGGAACCUCUGACUAUUACAUCAUGCUUCUUCCACCUCACCCAGACCAGGACUCGUACGACUGGUGGUUCUGGACAGAGUCGCCGAAGAUCAAAGCAAAGAUCAUCGGUCCUCCACCCAAUCCACUCCGUCCCGUCAAGCCAGUGCUACUCGAGCGUAUUCGACGCGGCAAAGUACGGAAGCAUUCCCAGUCGCCAGUAUGGACUCGCAAGGUAAUCACCCUGCCCAUGAAGCAUGCAUAUAAGCUUCGGACACAAGCCUUGGCUGAGAAAGAGUUCAACGAGGCGUUGGAUGCACUCGUUGACCUUUUCGCUAAUUCGAAACUCAGCACCGUUGGGCCCGCGCAGCCGGUCAAAAACGAAGGUGUCCCAGCGGCGUCCACUGCAACUCAAUUUCCGCCAGCAGCUUCCGCGAACACUGCAGUCGACCCCGAUACUCCAGAUGAAAUGGACUCCGAGCGAGACCCCCUUGCCAUCGCCAGAGAGUGGUCUGACAAUCUUGCCGAAGACGCAAAGAAUCUUCGAGAGCGCGAGGAUGCUCAGAUCGAGCGUGAGCGAGACUACGCUGUCCGUCUUGAGGCUCUCAUGGAGCGUGAGAAUGCACUAAAGGACCGAGGCGAGCCCAAGCCCAAGAGGAAACGCAUGAUCCUCGAUCUCACUGAUGACGACCACGUCAGGAUCAAGACCGAGCCAAUAUUCCCUGGGAAGAAGGACGUAGUCGACCUCACCGAUCUUGUCGAUGAUCAUGCUGCGGUCAAAACUGAGGCGGUCAAGCCGAAGGUCACUCCAAUGGCGGCGUCAGCCAAGUCGAGCGUCAAUGGAUCUGCUGACACGGUACCUAAGCCUAGUGUCCAGGCUGAGCAUGUCGUCAAGCACGGAGCUGAGUCGCAUGGCGAGGUCGUCUCCACUACAACGACUACCACGACAUCAAGCACGAUCACGACCAUCACGGUCCAACAGAAAAUGGUGCCUUGUAAGCGGAAGAGAGCUUCGUGA